AAACCCAAUUUUGGGUUUGUGGAACCCUAGAACCUGGGUUCCCUGCAGAACCCAAGAGGAUGAUGAAGAGGACGAUGCAGAGGGUGAAGAUGAUGUCGAGGAUGAGGAGAAAAAAGAAGGACAUCCGUGGCGCCCUCCUCCUUCAGCCCCUACGCUCCUCUUUCACUCUCUAUAUCUAUAACCUGUUCCCAUUUAGAAUCCAAUAAUAGUUCUUCCCAUGGAUCUUUCCCUGACCCCCCUUUUGUCUUCUUCAACAUCGAGAAGUACCAGUAGUGAUAGCAGUAAAGCUGAUGAUAGCCCGCCAGUAUCUGGUCGUUUUGAGCUGCAGGGUGUUAGUAAGUUUCAAUUUCCCUGCAAAUCCUUAUCUGGGUUUCAAUCAUACCGGUCCCUGGCCGUGCUUUCUGGCCAUAUGGGAUCGGUUUCCUGCUUGGCCUUGUGUGGGGAGUUCAUUCUGAGUGCAUCACAAGGGAAGGAUAUAAUAGUGUGGCAGCAGCCUGAUUUGAGGAUGUUUACCAAGUUUGGACACGGUGAUGGCUCAGUGAAAGCCCUGGUGACUGUGGGAAACAAGGUUUUUACCGCACAUCAAGAUAGCAGGAUCAGAGUAUGGAAGGUGUCAAGAAGCUCAGAGAAUAUGUUUAGGCUUGUCAACACACUUCCUACUACUAAGGACUACUUGGGGAAGUUCAUGAAACAGAGCAAUUAUGUGCACACCAGAAGGCAUCAUAAGAGGUUAUGGAUCGAGCACGCCGAUAGUAUUUCCUGUUUGACAUUCUACAAUGGGUUGAUCUAUUCAGGUUCAUGGGAUAAGACCCUUAAAGUGUGGAGGAUAUCGGAUUUGAAGUGUUUGGAAUCAAUAAAAGCUCAUGAUGAUGCUGUCAAUGGCGUGGUGGCAUGCAGGGGAGUAGUCUAUUCGGCAUCCGCGGAUGGGAAGAUUAAGGCCUGGGGAAAAGAAGGGAAGACAAAUCAUUCAUUGAAGGGGAUUUUGGAGGGGCAUAAGGAUGUAUCAUUGAAUUCAGUGAUUAUAUCUGAGGAUGGGAGGUGGGUCUAUGGAGGGGGUUCAGAUGGAUUUGUAAUGGGGUGGGAGGGAAAUGCUGAUUUUGUGAGCUGGAAAUUGGUAUCUGAGACAAAAGCACACCAAAUGGCUGUUCUGUGUAUGUGCCUGACUGGGCAGUUUCUCUGUAGUGGCUCAGCCGAUAAGACAAUUGGCAUAUGGAGAAGAGAGGCUUAUGGAAUACUCAACAAGAUCGGAGUCAUAGGGGGCCAUGAAGGGCCAGUCAAGUGCUUACAGGCAUCACCUAACAAUGUUGGUGGGGGUUUCUUGCUCUAUAGUGGUGGCCUGGAUAAAAGCCUAAGGGUUUGGUGGGUGCCCAAAAACUCUGGAAAAUCAGAAGACAUCAGAACACAAAAUAUAAACAGAAGUCUAUGGACUUAGGAAGAUUUUCAAUUUUUCAGGAUUUGUGUUACUAAAUAUAAGUUAGUAAUGAAGCACUGCUUCUCUUUUUUGAAUUUCUUGCAGAGCUUCAUUUGAGUAAACAUACUAUAGAAUAAUGGCAUGAUCUGGUUUUCAUUUCUUCUUCUUUUUCAUUUUCCCACUGUUUCCCGGAUUGAUACUGAUACAGUUGUUACAAUUCUUGUUAAUAUUUUGUUCCACAAUUAAAUGCUUACAUUGAUG